AAUAUAGAGACAUAUUUCUAAAAAGAUGCAUACAUUUUCGUUGCUUAUAAUUUUCCUAAACUUCUAUCCCCUGUUCUGGUGCCAAAUGUUACCUGCAUCAAUCAAAAAAUGUCGGUUUGGUGAUACGAUAUGUAUUGCAGACACAAUGAAUUAUGUCAUACGUAAUUUUCCGAAAGGCAUACCGGAAAUAGGUUUGAAACCCCUCGAUGCAGUCUCGGUAAAGGACGUUCUACUGGUCGACGAUGCCCAAGUUGGUGUCGCUUGGUUUCAAUUCAAAUUAAUAGAUCAGAUCAAUUAUGGAUUCGAAAAUACAACUAUUACGCAGAUUAAAGGAUUCGAUCAGGACCCCACCUCCAGUAGCAUGGAAAUUUACGGCACAAUUCCGAGUCUAACAUACAAGGGACAAUAUAUUGCCCGCGGUCGUAUGCUCUGGCUGGUGGAUGUGAAUGCGACGGGUGAAUCCGAAUCGGAUUUCCAGAAUUUUCGCUUCUCCUUGAAGCUGAAAGUCAUACCAGAGUAUCGCUAUAAUAAAACGUACAUAAAAAUCUAUGAGCUGGUGCCUGACAUAAAUAUAGACCGCUGGAUUCAGUGGCUCGAUGAUUUCUUUUACGAAAACACUGACCUAACCAUUGCCAUGAAUCGUUUAUUUAAUGAGAACUGGGUAGAGUUCUGGAACGAAUUGGAGCCAAGCAUAUUACGCACAUUUGCAAGCGUCUUUAGGCAUAUAAUUGACGAUAUUUUUGAAAAAGUAGCCUAUAAUGAUAUGUUUCUACCUUCAAAAGAGGCAAUGGGCUUAUAAAUAAAUUUGUCAGUGCAUAGCAUA